AUGCUCCCCAUUCUCUCCGAAAGUGCUCAAUGGGUACUCUCCCCUCUGACUUCCCGCCAAACGGAAAGGGACGAAGACUUGCAGUAUGACUUUGCACACGAUGCGUGGGCGGUAGCUAGGCGCCUUGUCCUUCUCGAUCGCGGACUAGACUACCUCGCCUCAGCUUGUCAAGGAUUGGCUGUGCUGCCGGACACCUCGACCCCAAGCGUCGACGUUGGUAUAGUCCGCUCGCAACUGUCCCGUACGCUCGCUAGCGACCACCCCCAAGUCGUCGUCUCUGCCGCUAUCACAGGCUUUGGAGAGACUAGACCCUCUGACCUUGAUAAGAUCCGGAUCAAUCAUAAUACCAUCAAGCUGGGGGCCAAAGCAUUCCGCGAUGGUAGUCUCGACAUCGGACCUUAUGGUCCUGAGGGGAAGGGAUCAUACAAUCGGCACGUCCUCUUUGCUGCGACCAUCCUCGCUCAUGAGACGGUCCUACGUGCUCUGUGUGUCAUGGGGGAUUCGGAGAGGGCUCCUGUCGUUUCCGCAGAGACGCUGGCAUGGGGAUGGGAGGUCCACAUCUUUGGCGGAAAACUAGUUGCCGAGGAGAUGGGCGAGAACAAUCUGAACAGCUGCACAGGCAGCACCUUUCCGGGAGAUAUCUUUUACCUGGCGCUCGAAGACACGAAAGACCAUGCCACGAUCCGAUCCACAAAGUGGUUUCCUACCGAGAAUGUCCACCGCAAGCCAUACUGGGACACCCAUCUCCCUAUCCUCACGGAAUGGCGACCAGACGACGAAAGCGCCAACACGCCAGAGCGGGGCCUCCGCCUCGACCGCUUGGCCGGUCCGUCACUGGGUAGAGGUGAUGCGACGCGGCGGGACUGGGCGUGCGGCGUAAUGGCUGGCGACUUUAGCUGA